UUGAGGGAAAACGUUCAUGCUGCACAUUUUGUUAAGCGGCGUGUAAUGCCUUUCUGAUUAUUAUUACUGCGAUAUUUUUAAUAGUCUAUAUAGAUAUAAAGGAAAGUAAAAAAGACUCAAACAUGAAGGAAUGGGUAUCGAUAUCAUUAAUUCUUUGCACAUUUGGCUUCUUCCGAGAAAUGAGGCCGAACGAACCAUUUGUUGUAGACUUUUUAUCAAAUGGUGUAUGGAGAAAUGUGACAUCAGAACAACUCAAUAGGGAAAUUUAUCCCUUUGGAACUUACAGCUACCUCUUUCAAUUAUGUGUUGUAUUCAUGAUAACUGAUAUUUUAAGAUACAAGCCAAUCAUUAUAGCAUCAGCAUGCGUAGGAAUUGUUAUGUGGGCAUUGCUAUUAUGGACGAAAACUUUAGCAUGGCUUUAUGCCGUUCAGAUUUGUUAUGGCUUUUUUAUGGCAUCAGAAGUUGCGUACUAUACGUACAUCUACGCAAAGGUGCCAAAAGAAAAGUAUCAACGAGUGACUGGAUAUACAAGGGCUUCUUUAUUAUCUGGAAGAUUUCUCGCAGGUGUUCUUGCUCAAUUACUUGUGUCAUUUAGUAUUAUGAACGUCAGGGAACUGAAUUAUAUCUCGUUUGGAACACAAAUUAUAUCAUUUGGCGUCUCAAUAAUGCUUCCUGCUGUGGGAGUCAGCCUUUACAUGUGGAAAAUAGAGGAUAGUGAUGUCGAAUCGAGAAACGGAAGAGAAGUACAGAUACAAGAUCAAUCAAAGGAUAUUAAACCAAAAUUUUCAUGGGAUCGUGCUUCAAAACUUCUCUGGAAUCACUUCAUUGUGUCUUAUUCAAAUCGUACAGUUCUUAUUUAUAGUAUAUGGUGGGCAUUAUCAACUGCUGGGUACUUACAGAUUAUUAGCUAUGUACAGCUCCUCUGGCAGCAGAUCGAUCCUGAACAAGAGAAUUUCUAUAAUGGAGGUGUUGAGGCUUCAUUGACGCUUUUUGGUGCACUUAGUGCUAGUUUGGGUGGUCAUAUCCUCCAAGACUCAUUCCAAAAGUACGAUCUCCUACUCCUCACAAUCUGCUCAUUUCUUCAAGGUGGUUUAACAUUAGUUUCGAUUUGGACAACAAAUAUUUGGAUAGCAUACAUCAUGUAUGUCCUAGUAGGUAUCGUUUACAAUUUUAUCAUCACCCUCGUUACUGCAUUUGUUGCCAAAUUUCUAUCUGACGACUCAUUUGCUCUGAUAUUUGGAAUUAAUACUCUAGUAGCAUUGACAGUACAAACUUUAUCCACAAUUAUAUUUGUGACAGAAACCGCAAGCUUUAAGCUUACUCCAAAGGAGCAAUUUUUCGUAUUUAGUAUUUAUUUUAUUGUUCUUGGGGCUGUUUAUAUGAUUGUUGGAAUUGUUAAAUCUUUUAAGAAAUAAAUGUUAAAAUAAUUCAAUUUUUAUACCUUCUCAACAAAAACACACUUGGAUAUAUUUUAUGCAAUUUUAAGAUUCUUGUCACGUG